UUAGACGUGGAUGGCUCUUGUCAUUCCAAUGCACUCAGCUUAAUAUAUAUAAAUAAAAGCACUCAGCAGGCCAGCAACUCUCUCGGUCUCAACCUUUUUCUUUUUCUCUCUUCCUUCUUGCCAUUUUCGUUCGACCUUAGAUUUCCAAGAAACCCAAUAGAAUUCUCUCUCUGAUGCGUUAGAAGGAGGGUCUAAUGGCCUCUUCUGAAGCUCUACAGGCCCACGGGCACGGAAUCCAGAGGCAGGACCUCAAGGUCGCCCUUGCCAAGGCCAUGGAGCUCAGAGCUCUUCACGCUGCUCUUGUUCAAGGGAGCAGCAGCAGCCCUGCUGCUGCUCUCCCAAGGAUCCAGCCUGGGGCUUCCCCUUCUCUCUCGAGAUCUUCUCAUCAGCUCUCCGCUGAGGAUUACCCAGUAUUCACCCCGAGUUACGAAGAGGACCCAUUACCUGGGUAUCACUACAUCCUUCCAGAAAAUCGAAGCCUGUCUGAGAGCUGGAGUGGAAGAUUUGAAGAAGAACCCAGGGAUAAUGACAGCACUGUCGCCGAUACUAAAACUCUAAACAAAUAUACAAACAACCAGCUUUCUAAGAGGAGCUCAUGUACAAACCUUUUUCCCGUUUUGCCAAAUGCUCCAGCUUCUGAUAUAAUCAAGUCUUCUAGCAGGCGAACCAACUCAAGUGAGUUCAAACUUCUCAACACUUGUAAUACAUGCGAGCCAGCAACAAUUAAUAGGGAAAAUGAUGCAGAUCAGAAAAAUACCAAGAAUGGUAUCAGUACAAAACCUUCAAGUGAUACAGCUCCAGUACAGUUUCACCCUAAACAGAAAGGGGCAAAAUUUUCAUGGCUGUUUAAAUCGAAAAAGAAACCCAAGACAGAAAUGUCUCCAACUGCAUUAGAAUCUGGAGACAUGUCCCAGAUUGUAAAAGCUUGGGGAGUUUUCUCAAUUGAAACACUAAAGAAGGAGCUGCUCGAGGCCAAUGAAAACAGGGAUGCUGCCUUAGCUGAAGUUUCAGAGAUGAAAUCUUCAUUGGGAGACUUGCAACAAAAGCUGAUGAGCCUUGAAUCAUAUUGUGAAGACCUGAAGAAAGCUUUAAAACAUGCAGUGCAAGGAAAAGACACCACAAAAAGAGCAAAAUCCAUUAGCGUAGUAAAAGACAACUCGAUGCCUGUCAGCCAAGAAGUGAUGGUGGAGGGAUUCUUGCAAGUAGUUUCAGAAGCUCGGCUCUCAGUUAAACAGUUCUGCAAGACACUCAUAAACCAGAUUGAAGAAGCUGAUAGCAGUUUAAUGGAGAAGCUAGAUUUAGUUCUUCAACCGCACCAAGUGGCCAUAAGUAAUAAGUAUUCGAAAGGGGUACUCUACCAUUUAGAAUCUCUUGUAAACCAAUCGCUGUACCAAGACUUUGAGAACUGUGUAUUUCAAAAGAAAGGCUCUCCUAGAGUUCUUGAUCCUCAGCAAGAUCGAUUGGAGAAUUUCUCUUCAUUCGUUGCGCUUAGAAGCCUGAGCUGGAACGAUGUUUUGCAGAAAGGUACUAAACAUUACUGUGAGGAUUUCAAUAGGUUUUGUGAUCAGAAGAUGAAUGGUAUUGUCUCGGUGCUGGAUUGGUCCAUGCCAUGGCCAGAGCAGCUUCUUCAAUCCUUCUUUGUCUCAGCAAAGUGCAUCUGGUUGCUGCAUUUGUUAGCUUUUUCCUUCAACCCACCUUUAGUAAUCUUGAGAGUUGAAGAGGAUAGGACUUUUGAUCCUCUCUAUAUGGAGGAUGUUUUAUUUGAUAGGCAGGGAGGACGAAAUCCGACCAGGGUGAAGAUUAUGGUAAUGCCAGGGUUUUAUGUGCAAGAUCGGGUGCUUAGAUGCAAGGUUCUUUGCAGGUAUCGGUCUGUACCAUAGCGAUUUGUUGAGGUUGCGGUUGGUUUUCAGCUUCAUUUUUAGGGCAGUGCAAUUUGUUUUUAUAGACGUGUUUUCUAUGUACACAGAGAAGUGUGAGGGGGGAUAGUUGAAAGAAGAACAAAAUUCUAACUCUGUUGUAUGUUCUCAACUGAAGGAAUAUCAUUGUAAUUUUCAUC